CAUAUAGUUAUAAUUAACCAGUAACAUUUUCGAUAUAAGAUCAUGGGUUUGAAGCAAACCUCUAGGCUUUAUGUUUCUCUGGGUUUGGUGGCAUUGAUGGUGAUGGCGCUUGCCAUUAGUUGUAGCUGCACCAGCGUCGGACAUAUGCCGUCAAGAGAAGAUGUAGGAGAAGACUUUGAGGAGUUGAAAGGGGAGACAAAAGAAGUCAAAGAUAAGGCAGGAGAGACGGGUAAAGAGACCAAAGAAACAUCGGAGUCAUGGGCAGGAUGGGCUAAGGAGAAGAUCUCUGAAGGACUUCGGCUGAAAGCAGAGGAUGCAAAGGAGGCUGCAAAGAAAGCUUCUGAUUCAGCCACUGAAACUGCUAAGAAGACCAAAGAGAAGGUUGAAUAUACGGCUUCUGGAGGUUGGCCAUAUUUUAUAUGGACUGCACCUUCAUCUCUCGUAAACAAUAUUGGAAGAAACCGAUGCCAGUUAUUGCAAUAUUGGACAGGAGCCGGUAAAUACACAGCCGAGAAAGCCAGAGAUGCUAAGAAUGUAGCAAGUGACAUGACGAAUACAGCAAAAGAGAAGACUACUGAUGCUAUUUAUACUUCUUCGGAGAAGGCCAGUGACAGAGCCAACAAAGCUUCGGAAAAGGCCAGCGACAUAACCAACAAAGCUAAGGAGAAGGCUUGUGAGAUGAAGGAUGCAGCCACUGAGAAGGCUAGUGACAUAACAGGUGCAGCUAAGGAAACGCUCGGUUCCGCGACAAAUUCAGCCACGGAGACCAAAGAAGCAGCAAAAGAGAAGGCGUGCAAUGUGAAGGACUCAACAAAAGAUAAAGCUUGUUCUGCGAAGGACACAACCAAAGAGAAGGCCAGUAAUGCGAAGGAUGAAGCAACAGAGAAGGCUAGAGAAGCAGAGGAGACAUUAGAGUCUGCUAAAGAUACCAUUGCUUCAAACUAUGAAGCUACAAAGCACAAGUCCAAAGAGUUGAAAGAUAAUGUAGCUAAUAGAGGUCGUGAUGAGGAGCUCUAA